CUUCUCUACUGAAUCAUCUCUCUCGACUUUCACAGUUAACAUUAAACGAAAUAACCCAUCUGUCAUUCCAGUUCUGUCAAUAGGACUCGCAUAUAGAGACUAUUCAACAUUUUCUUCCAUGGUUAGCAAACCUUCUUAUAGGAAGUCUUUUAUCAAGUCUUCAAUGAAAAAAGCCAGGUUUCACGGAUUUGGUGGCCUGGACCUCUGUUGGCUUUGGCCUAACACAACAUCCGACAUGGAAAAUAUUGGAGUUCUUUUAGAUGAAUGGCGUGAAGCUAUAAAUUUUGAGUCAAGAAACAGCAGAAUGGGCGUGAAUCGUAAUCAUGCAGCUUUAUUUGAUCCUUUAGGUCAUAUUAGUACUGAUUCUGGUAUAAAGGGAUGGUUAAGGAGAGGAUUGACAUCAGAAAAGCUGGUUUUGGGUUUGCCUUAUCAUGGCUAUGCAUGGAAAUUAGUGAACUCAAAUGACAAGUACUCCAUUGGUGCACUAGCAUCAGGACCAGCGCUUACAAUGGAUGGUUCAAUACUACAAGUUGAUCUUAAUUAUGGCUAUGGAGCCAUUUCAAGCUACAAUGCUACAUAUGUAGUUAACUACUUUAGCAUCAAAUCAAUUUGGAUCAAUUUUGAUGAUGUUGAGGUUAUUCAGACUAAAAUUUUAUAUGCUAAGACAAAGGGAUUGCUUGGGUACAAUGCUUUUCAGCUUGGAAACGAUGAUGAUAACUGGGAGCUUUCUCGAGCUGGGAAACUGAGUUUUGGUGAUACAGCAGUUGAUGAAUAUCAGUACCAAAAUGCUCCAAAUUUGCAAAUAUUCAAGUUUUCUGAAAUCAAAGCAGCUACAGGCAACUUUUCAUGCGAAAAUAGGCUUGGAGAGGGUGGAUAUGGACCUGUUUACAAGGGUAAACUUGCAAAGGGAGGGGAAAUAGCAGUGAAAAGGCUUUCAAAAACUUCACAUCAAGGAUUUAAGGAGUUCAUGAAUGAAGUUAAACUUACAGCAAAGCUGCAACAUGUUAAUCUAGUAAGGCUUUUGGGAUUUUGCACUGAUAGAGGAGAGAAAAUGUUGAUAUACGAGUACAUGCCCAACAAAAGCUUGGAUUUCUAUUUGUUUGAUCAAAAGAGAAGAUUGGAAUUGAAUUUGGAACGACGCGUUCAUAUCAUUGAAGGGAUUGCUCAAGGGCUUAUGUACCUUCAAGAAUACUCAAAUUUGACAAUAAUUCAUAGAGAUAUUAAAGCUAGCAACAUUUUACUAGACGAUGAGAUGAAGCCAAAGAUUUCUGAUUUUGGUAUGGCAAGAAUUUUGCAGAAGGAGAGCAACGAAGCCAAGACAGGCCAGAUUGUUGGGACAUAGUAAGUAAAUUGCUUCUUGAAAAGCAAUGUAUUUGAUAUCAUCUAACAAUUACAUACAUACAUAUACCAGAAUCCUCUCCUUAACCAUCCCUUUAUACCAGAACCAACCCAAAUUUCUCUAAGCUACAUCCAAGAUUUUCCGAAGGUGACAUCUUUUACUACAAAAUAAAUUGUUGACUAUAAAAUAAAUUGACUGUAAAAUUUUCGUUGUUUCAUCUUUAUCGGUCUUAAUCAAUACAUUAUUCACUCUAAAUAUAUAAAAAUAUAAAGAUGCACAUAUACACUCGUAGAGACAAUAUAAUAAAAUAUAAAAUU